CCUCGGGAACCUCGAGCGAGCUGCGAGGCGAGGCAGUCAGUCGCUCUCAGCUACGACAUGCAUAACGCAUGAGAGAGCCGAGCGAGAUCUUUUCCACCCGUUCGUUGUUGUCGUCGUCGUCGUCGCCGUCGUCGUCGUCGUCGUUGUCGUCGUCGUCAUCGUCGUCGUCGACGUCUCUCCUCUCGCUCCCGCGUACGCACACUCGCACGGGAGACACCGCGAGGAAAACAUACACGCGCGCGCAAAAGUAGACAACGUCCCGUGCUGGUGCCGUUCCGCACUCGUAUCCAAGUUGUCGCGAAUCGGUUACCGUUCCUCCGCGAGACCAUCAGCGUCCAGUGUCCGAGUCCCUUCGCGUCCUGCCGAGACACCCUCUCGGCUGACGGACCGCGAGUGUAGCGCGAGUCGCAACGCGCAACCCUUCUCGGCACGAGUCUUCGUCGAGUCGUUCGCGAUCGCGCCACAGCGAUGAGUGAUCGUCCGACACGCGAGUGAUUCCGCUCUUUUGGAGUACUACUAGUCGUCGAGCAGCUAAGGUGUGCCGUUCUCGUGUGCCAGUUCAACGUAGGAGAUCCUCCACGGAGGAGGAGAACGGAGGCUGUCGCGAAGGAAAUUCGCGCUUCGAGUGUUUUGCACCGAGAGAAACGGACAGAAAGGAGAGGACACACAGGAUCGCAGGAAAUAAAACUAUGGACGGGUCGUUUGCAAGAGCGACGAUGUCUCUUGAUAGGAAUUUCGUGUGUCGCCGCGAGAGAUGGACUGUUGUAGUGCAUAACGUGUGAUCGGUGAUCGUCGAUCGGAAACGAUAAGAACUUACGGAAUUUCAACGUCUAUCACGGAUACAACGAGCCAGACAGCAAGAAGAAUAAACGAAAGAUUCGAAGACAGGGAGGCGAAGUAAGAAAGGGUGCGAAAAGGAGUAGGGUGCCCUGUUGGGGGCAGCCCGAAGGCCCGUUGGGCCGGCAAACAUUGAGGAAAUUGGCGCAACCGAUAAACUAGGGAAUAAGGAGAGAUAACAGGGUAAAACCGAAAAGAAAGGGAGAAAGAAAAGGAACAGGAAUAAGAAAGAGAGGAAGGAAAAGAAAAAGAUAACAGGGUUCGGCGGAACCUCUGUACGAGGGGAAGUAGAUGGCCGCUACCACGUACAUGCCGAUUAGUAGCGCAGUGUCGUCCGACCUGGAUGGUGGUUCGGGUACCGCGAUCGGGAUGAACAUCGCCGUGGGUGGCUACUCCUCGGGCUCGCCUCGCAGCGCCGCCGACGCCGGGGAGAUGAAGUACAUAACGACGCCUCAGCAUCAUCACCACCAUCAUCACCAUCACCAGGUGACGUCGUCGCCGUCGCCGAACGGCUUGUCGCACCCGUCGGCGAACCUAUCGUCGGCGAACCCAUGGGUGAGCUUGCAACCUAGCAGCGACCAUUGGGCGGCAUCGAUGGGCAUGCACCAUACGGGCCAUCAUCCGCACCAUCAUCCGCACCAAACGAAUCCCGGGUUAGACGUGAAACCGCUGGCGGCUGCGGCCGCAGCGGCAGCCGCCGCGGCCAACGACCAGUCGAUGCAUCCUCACCGUGGCGGUCCUCAUCAAUCGCCCGGAAUGGCCUCGCCGCAUUCUUGGCACGCGCCGGUUGUCCCGUCGGCCCAUUAUAAUCCGAGCGGUGGCGCGGCCUCGCCCACCACCCUUCAACAGUACCAUGCCGCGAUGAACGGUAUGCUCCACUCGCAUCCCCAUCAACAUCAUCCGCAGCUGCAGAAUCAUCAGACCGGGCUUCACCCGAACUUGAGGGAUCCCGGCUCGCCGGUCGGUCAUUCGCUGCACCCAGGCCACGCGCACGACAGGGAUCACAGCGCCGGCGAAGAGGACACGCCGACAUCCGACGAUCUCGAGGCGUUCGCGAAACAAUUCAAGCAACGGCGCAUCAAGUUGGGUUUCACCCAGGCGGACGUCGGUCUCGCGCUCGGUACUCUCUACGGCAACGUCUUCUCGCAGACGACGAUAUGCAGGUUCGAGGCUCUCCAGCUGAGCUUCAAGAACAUGUGCAAGCUGAAGCCGCUGCUGCAGAAGUGGCUCGAGGAGGCGGACUCGACGACCGGCUCGCCGACCAGCAUCGACAAGAUCGCGGCACAGGGAAGGAAACGAAAGAAGCGAACGUCGAUCGAGGUGUCGGUCAAGGGCGCCCUCGAGCAACACUUUCACAAACAGCCGAAACCCUCCGCCCAGGAGAUCACCACUCUGGCGGACAGUUUGCAGUUGGAGAAAGAGGUGGUCAGGGUGUGGUUCUGCAACCGGCGGCAAAAGGAGAAGAGGAUGACGCCGCCGAACACGCUAGGCGAGGGUAUCAUGGAGGGCAUGCCGCCCGGACAUCAGGGACAAGGGGGUCUCCAUCAGGGUUACCAUCCGCAGGAUCACCUGCACGGCUCGCCGAUGGGCCACAGCCACAGUCCACCCAUGCUCAGCCCUCAGGGCCUUACGGCUCACUCGUUGGCGGCUCACUAGCGUUCGCCCGGGCCUCCCCCGUUGGGCCUGUCGAUAACUUCUCAAAACUCGGUGAACAACCCUACUUCCUCGCCGCCGGAGACGCUCCCUCCGUUCUAUCAUCAUUACCUGCAAGCGCGCACCGGCAGCUACUCCACCACUUCGUAGCCACUUUCUAGUGUCUACGAACCAGCCGUGCAAUGCCGCUUCGCCUGUUCGCGCUCCUAGUCCGAGCUGCAGGCUGCACGCUCGACCGACGAGCCUGUCGUCGAUCGGUGGCACGCUUCAACACGUCCUAUGCCAGCCGGCGCCACCCCCACGACAGGCUUCCGUCUGUCUCUACGACGAGGUUCAACGGGGUUCUACGUAGCCGAAAAAUAAAUCCGGUCCAACGGGGAGGCUUGCUUCGCGCGAUCCUAAUCGCGCCCGCCGAGACACCAUCCACUUCGCCGAACAUCCUUAAACGCAUCCGGAAGAUCGUCUACCCAGAAGAGACACAUCGCGAUCGAACUCUGUUACCUCGUGUCACAGCGAUAUCUAAGUUCGCGAGUCGCCAGUGACGCGGUGUUUCGCCCGCUUCCGGCGAUCUAAACCGCCCGAUAUUCCGGUGCCCGAGAGUGCGUAAUUUCGUGUACGGCCAACCGAAUCCGUCCGUCCAUCCAUUCGUUCGUUGUGCAUCGCUAUGAUCGCGGUGCGAGUGAAGAAGAAAAUGAGAUGAGAUAAAGAGAAAACGAGUGCGAGAGGACGUUUUGGUGCGUCGCGACGCGUCGCGGACAGAGCCCGACGGACGGACGGGGUGGCCGUGCGGAGCAAAGCGAAUGGAACGCAGCCAAAGGCGAAGAGCGGUGUGUUCGAGCGGGAUUUGUCCGAAGCAAACCCGCCGGAUGAUGUAACAUAAGUAAAUAUGGACUGUAAAUAAUGUACUAGAUAAAGCUAGUAAGUUAAGUGAGAGAGUCGCGCAUCGUGGUCGUUUUCUUCGUCGUCGCCUUAGCCGUCGCCAUCGCAGUCAUCGUCGCCGCCGCUGUCGUCGUCGUCGUCGUCUUCACCCUCUUUGCUGGACCGGACGGAACGGAUUGGACAUCUUGGAGGCAACGGGAUCGGAAUGAAAAACUGGAGAGAACGGUGUGGCGCGACGAAGUAAACGACUAAAAAAGACAAAGAAAUUCGCAAUGAGGGACAAGACACGCGUUUAAACGGGGAACUCGCGCGUGUCGGAAAAUGUGUGCCGAAUCCUAGCGACAGCAGAAACCCCUCGCAAUGAAAAACCCCUUCUGUAAAAAGAUUUCCUGCCCUCGGAUCGUCCCGCGGAUCCCACCACGGACUCAACCGGCUGUGCACUUGGACCCGCAUCGACGUCCUCCGCGUCAUUGGGAUCCGACUCGCGACGCCCUUCGGGUCACUUUCGACGUCCGGGACCGGCGAUGCGCCCGACUGCGCGCCUUCUGGACACUCGGGCGGCCCUAAUCGUCCUUGGAUUCGAGCUUACAGAUUUGUCUCGUAUCGUCCUGCUGCAAGCGAUCGUUCCAGAGUCCUGUCGCAGCCAGGCGUCGUGUCAGUGUGGAAAUGCAUGAUUACAUAGAAUUACGGUAUAAGUUGUGUUAAAUAUCAAUGUUAAUCGCUGUAGCGAAGUGGGGUAUUACAAUAAAUACAUUAUUUUAUGUAAA